AUGUCCACCCUCCACCUCCACUCGACCGUCCCCCUGCGUUCGGGUGCGCGCAUGCCCGUCCUGGGCUUCGGAAUGUACCAAAGUACAGCCGCUACUGCAUCGACUACCUCGGCACUAGAAGUGGGGUACACGCACUGCGAUUCGGCGAGGGUCUACCGGAACGAGGCCGAGGUGCUCGGCGCGACGGCCAAGUGGAAGAAGGAACAUCCCCAGAGUCGGGACAUUUGGCUGACGACGAAGGUGAGCACGUCAUACACGAUUCACUACGUGCCAAUUUUCUUCGGCGACGCUAAUCAUGCGGAGUCUUGCUUGCCCCACCUACAUCGCUCAUCGCUUGCUCAUCCGCGCGCCCCACAUGAUGGUGUCAUCACAUUCGUACACCACGCGUUCAUAGGCGACGGGCCAUGAACACGGCACCGAGAAGAUGACCAAAGCUGUCGACGAUUCCAACUGGAAAGCCGAUCAAGAAGGACUCAAGUGGGUACGCCAUUUGAAACGAGGGACCCGUAAUCGAGCGCGACUCGUCGGAGCUCCUUCGGCGCCAGACCCGAAGUGAUCGAGUGGCUCCUUUCUAGCUGGAUCACUCUGAUGCGUUUCUAAUCUCUGUCUGGGUGGUCAAAAGGAUCUCUUUCUGCUCCACGACCCGACCGCAGGUCCGACCAAGCGACUCGAGGCCUGGAAAGUGCUCUGUGAAAAGCGAGCCAAAGGCGAAGUCAAGUCGAUUGGGGUGUCGAAUUUCUCCGAGAAGCACUUGCAGCAACUCGUUGAUGCAGGGUGCGAAAUCCCCGAGGUGAACCAGAUUGAGCUCCACCCAUGAUUGAGGCAGGCUCCGAUCGUCGAAUGGUGUGAGAAGCAUAGGGUCGUCGUGCAAGCUUAUUGCCCGCUUGUGAGGGGGGACCGGUUCCAGGACCCUGUAUUGCUUGAGGUGGCGAAAAAGGUGGGUAUUGUCCGGCCCUGAAACAUCUAAAUGGGCGUGCGAUCACUUAGUGGUUUCAAUAUCUGGUUUCGUUGACUCGCAGACAAACAAGACACCGGCUCAGGUAUUGAUCAGGUGGUCCUUGCAAAAAGGCUACGGUGCGUGGCCCCGAGCCAUCCCUGUGGCAGCUACUUGAAGACACGUCCCGAAAGCUGACCUGUUCUAAACGAAUACCGACGCAGUCCCCCUUCCCAAGAGUGACACUCCCUCCCGUAUCAAGGAGAAUGCGGCCGUGUUCGACUUUGAGCUGGGCCCGGAAGACAUGGUCAAAUUGGAUUCGCUCGAUCAAGGGUCCAAGGGCGCUUGCUCGUGGAAUCCGGUCUCGGUCGCCUGA